CCCGCUCGAUAGUAAACUCAAUUGUGUGUGCGCAUUAUCAUCCUGUCUGCUCCAGUCUCUGCAUCCCUCCCUCUCUUUCUCUCUCCUCCAUCCGCACAAAGCUCUCGUCUCCUGCUUGUCAUCAUCUCCAGCCCUCAUCGCGACCUUCAGGCUCUGUGUUUGACUGGUGUCUGGUUGUGUUUAGGUUCCGUGGAUGCGCUUCUCCUCCUCCUCCUGCUUCCUGCUGCUGUGGAGCAAAACGGAUACCUGUGCUGCAUUGACAUCACCGCAGAGUGUUUGGGUGAACGCACGCACGUACAUUUGGGUGUAUGCAGCCUGUGACGGCGACUAUGGCGAAAACUGUCACAUCACCUAACACAAUAACAGGUGAAAAAAUGGCACCACCAUCCAUCACUCUACUUCCAGAGAAGAAAUCUCCGACUAACGGUCACAGCUCUCCUGCCCGAAAACUCACUCCAUCUAAUGCAGAGAAGAAGCCACACGUUAAUGGGCACGCCUCUCCUUCACACAUCACCAACAACCACGCAGGAAAACAGAUCGUGGAGGGUUAUAUGAAGACUGAUGACAGGAUGCGAUUAGCAAAAGAGAGACGUGAGGAGAGGGAGAGAAGCCUGGCGGCCAGGGAGCAGCUGAUCAGGGAGAAGGAGCGCAGAGCUCGGCUGCAGUACGAGCGCACAGUGGAAGAGCGCUGGAGGCGUCUGGAAGAGCAGAGGCAGAAAGAGGAGCUCCGCAGAGCUGCAGUGGAGGAGAAGAGAAGGCAGCAGCUUGAGGAGGAGAGGGAGCGUCUCGAGGCGCUGAUGAAACGCUCUCUGGAGCGGAGCCUUCAGCUGGAGCAGAGGAACAAACGGUGGAGCAGAGGCUGCCCUCCAGGAGCAGGUGACAGUGAGAAUUUCCCACUCCCUUUCUCUGCUGCCUCCGCCUUUUCCCAUGGCAUUGCCUCCCCCCUUCCUGCUGUCAGCGAAUCUGCGCCCUGCAGCCCUCACAGGUCACCUUUCUGCAGCUCGCUGAGUCCUGCAGACCACAACAGAGCUGGACUUCAUGGAGGCUCUCAGUCCACUCCCAAUACCCCCAAGAAAGAGCGUAUCCGCAGGGAAAGAAGAACUGCAUCCCCAGGAUGUGGAUCACCUGUGAGGAGGUCUGAAUCUCCUGCGAGUGUCACCAAGUACUUGGGAUCCCCGACUACCUCUAAACUGGCAAAUAGGAUGCGUGCCCAGUCUCCCUGCAAUGCUCGUCAAUACCAUUACUCUCCUACAAGACAUCGUCCGAACCUGUCAACUGAUGACAGAAAAGCAGAAGACAAGAAGAUGGAAAAACACAGCGAACAACCCAAAGCUGAGACUGCAGUGAAGAAAAAUACUGAUAUUAACAGAACAAAUCCGUUGGCUCAAGGUGAGAAGACUGCGGCCAACGACGUCAGAUCAUCCAAGGGAGAAACUUUGGACAAGCGACUAAAAGUUGACUCAUUUGAAAAAAGUCAGUCACCUGACAGGAAGGAUAACAUGCCUCCAAAAGGGGAGCCAUCAGAGAAGAUACAAAGCAGCACUCAGGAUGGAGACAAGAAAAAAGAAUCUGCAACAGGAACAUCUGCAGGAAAGAUGGCAGCCGGCACGACGAACGCAGAGGAAGCUACCAGGCUCCUGGCAGAGCGAAGGCGCCAAGCUCGAGCUCAGAAGGAAUUGGAGGAGAAAAAACGGGAACAAGAGGAAGAGGAAAGACUCAGGGAAGAGCAGCUGAAGAAGCAACUCGCACAAGAGCAGCACACAAAGGAGGCAAAGACUCAACAAGUAAAGGAACAAGGGAAAAUGCAGGAAGCUCCUCAGGGAUUGAAACCAGAAGAGAAUCAUAAGAAGGUGGAGCAGGAAGUGAAAAUACAGGCACUGAAUGACACAGAGAAAGAAAAAUCAAAAGUCCAGGCACAUGAAGAUGCCGAGCGUCAGAGGCAAGACAGAGAAUUGCUGACACAACAAGAAGAGGAGGAAAGGCAGCUGAGAAAAAAGAGAAUUGAGGAGAUAAUGAAGAGAACUAGGAAGGCUGAGGCUGACCUGAAGGAGGAGCAGGUGGAGACGAAGCCACCAGGUGAAGUAAAGACUGAUCAAAAUACUGCUCAGGUGAAUGAGCAAGCAAUCAAAAAGGUUGAUUUCCAGGUUAAAGAGUCUGUCAAAAUCCAGGAUAGCACCAAGGAUGCCCCAGUGAAGAAAGAAGCAGCAUUGGUAGCAGCACAGACGGACAAACAGAGGAGUGUGCCAGUCAAAAGCAACACUCAGCAAGUGACAACAACGCAAAAUGUUCCUGACAAGAAACCUGAUGCCAAACAGGCGCAUGAGGUCAGCCAACACGACCGAGACAGCAAAGCCUGUGUCACCAAGCAGCAGGGAAAAGAGGUUCAAAUGAAUGCAAACAUGCAGCAGAAGGCGAUUAUGAAAGCCACAGACCAAAUAAAUAAUGAGCGGAAAAAGCCAACAACAGUCAACCAAAAGGAGGGAGGUAUGAUGAACGGAGCAGUGAAGGGGGAAGGAAGUGCCUUGAUGAAAAGCCAUGUCUCUGUUGAGGUGACCAAACAGCAAAGCCUGCAUGUGGUGACAGCUGAGGGGAAAGCUAAAGCAGGGUCCAAGACGGAGGUUAUUAAACCCCCUGUGACACCUCUGCCCGUGGGACAUCUCUCCCCACCAAUCAUCAAGCUGGAGUCAUUAGAUGUGAAGGGGACGGGGUCUUGUGAUGAGGUGCAGUCAAUGGAGGUCAGCCCAGCUUCAAAAGAGGAGCUCAUCUCUAUCCCAGAGUUCUCACCAGUCAAUGAAAUCCAUCAUGGCAGCGUGAGCAACACUCGAGCCCUUGAGGAUCUGAUCGACCUGACAGGUGGUGUCACCUAUCCCAAACUGUCCUCUGAUGCCAACAUAGGUGACUGCAACAAGAACCUGAUUGAGGGUGUCGUUAGUCCCAUGUCAGACUCUAAGCUCAUUGGCUCUAUGGCUCCUCCAUCCUCAAAUAAACUUAGCAUCCAGUAGUCCAAUAAUCCUUCAGGUUCUUUUUCUCUGGCUUUCCUUUCUCUCUCUUCCCUCUCUCUGCCACACACACAAAAAACAUUUUUGUGUUGGCCCAUGCGUCACUUUAUGAAUGGGAAUAGAGCCAUAGAGAUUGAUCUAAAAAGACUAAAACAUCUUGCGGUAGAUUCAAAAUAUCUCUUGUAUCGCAACGUCAUAGCAAUUGACAGCUGAAAUUAUGUGUUGAUGAUUCUGAUAAAUCUACGAUUGUUAGGAUAAAUGUGUGCGUGCGAGAUGAGGAAUUGUGUAAGACGGUCUGGAAAUAAAAGUGUGUAUGCAUAUGUGAGAUAAUCACAAAAAGACAAAUAUCAGGGUUUUGAAUAUUACAAAAAUGUAGCAAACACAGUACUGCUUACAUAAGAAUUUCUUACUUUCCCUGCACAGAUUCCUAACUGGUUACCCGAUAUGUCCCAGAAAAAGAUCAAAAAAGCCUGCUCAGGGCAUUGAUAACUGCUUGCAUCUGCAUUUCCAAAUGUUCCCUAAAGCCUUUAAAGCUAAGUCAGUGAUUUACUGAAAAAGGCAUGGAUUUAUUAUUUCUGUGAUGGCCAAACUUUAACCAUUUUUUCUUGGGAAUGUCCCUAAUGCAUGUGUUGAUGAUUGAUUUGGCUAGAAUUUGAUGGACUUAUCUGGUUAAAAUCACUGCAGGGAUCACUGCUGUCCCUUAUUUCUUACUUAACAAGCUAUCGAUCCCAUCACUGAAUUGUUAACAUUUUCAGUUCAAAGGUCAAACUUUUAUUAUUUAUUAGGCUAUAACAGGGCCUUUCUAAAUGCACGUGAUUGAGAAAACUGAUCCCGAAGCUGUCAACUUGAAUGUUCUGGCACAUUUGAAAAACAUUACAGCUUAUACUGUGUUACUAUGUGUUAGCCGCAGAUUUAACUGAAAUGCUUAAUUGAACUUCUUUGCAAAUACGAAGUAUUGCAUUACAUAAAUGUUUAUUUCACACUGUAGUUACCCAUUUUUCCAGUAGUUCUAUCAAUUACAUGAUUUCUAGUGAUGCAAAUACUGAUAGCUGAGCAACUUUAUUCCAUUUAAAAGUUUUCUGUAGAUGUGUUUUAUUUUGUUAAAGGUUUUCAAGGACAUUAAUCCAUGGACAUCCAUAGAUUCCAAUCAGUAGACAUACCACCCUAAUGAUUAAGGACUGAAAUGCACUGGGGCAGGAGUGUUUCCUUUACAAUCAAGUGCUCCCCGUAGCAACAAAGACUCUGUUACUCUGUUACCUGUGGUACUGUGUGGUCCUGUUUUGGGGUUUCUUCAUUUUAUGAGUAAUGUAGGAGAUGACUAAUAACUUAAAAUGUUCAUUUUCUGUGUUCUGUCCAAAUGUAAUUUCAGUAGAGAUGCCUUAUGAGGGACUGGAUUUAUGAGCAAAUCAUUUCAUUGUUAUCUGGCCCUGUUUGUUUGUCCUUUCUGUUAAGCCACUAGGAUUGAUGUGUUUUACCUGCAAUACUUGAACCUUGGUUUUAAAUGCAUCAUCUCCACUAUGCUGCAAACAAUUACGCCAAAAGCUUGUACAUUUCAGUAUGUCACUUGUAAAGAGACAUUUAGAGUUGUCUUCUUUGGACAGUAAAAAGCUUCCAGGAGUUUGUUCAUCAUCUGAAGUGAAGUAGCCAUAUAGAAAAAUACAGUAUUCCAAAGUUAGGAUGUGCUGUGUGUAUUCAAUAGUUUGCUGUUUCAUGUUUACUUAAAUGCUGCUUUUUUUGCUCUGAGUAGUUCAACUUCAUGCCAAUGAACAUAAAGAAAUACUACAAAAUUUAGUUUUGCUCAUACCCACAUUGCCAUACAGCCCACUUUUCUCUGAGUUAAGCAAUUACUGUAGACAUUGUGCACGGUGAGCAUGGUCAUUUUAUUCAAAAUAAUAAAAUGUAAAACUAGGAA